AAUAGCACGGACAUACGAGAAUUUUUCUAUUCAGACGAUGUUCUUGAAAGCGUCGUCAUUUUGACAAGGGAUUUACAUAUGUCAAUGUCACAAAUUUAAUCGUCAAAAUAAAAUUUUAAGUUUGCCUUAAAGCUGAACGAUGGUACUGGAAGAAGAACCGAAAGAAACGAAGAUCCACGAAUGGAACAUUUUGCCGAAGAACUUGACCCCUGCUUGUACUCCGGAACCCAGACCCGCUGGGGUGAAGAAAAAGAGGAUUUACUUGGCACCGAUCACCUGGACCGUUGGAGACAUCUCAAAAGCCGGUUGCCUACUAUCCAGUCCCCCUUUAGCGGUCAAUUUUGAUGACGAGCAAGAGAUGCGCAGAGUUUAUUCGUUAAUUUAUGACGUGUUUCGAUACAAAAAUGUCUUGACCCAGGCGCUAAACGACGUCUCCUUCUUCCAGACUUACCCGAAGCUAGCAGAAACCACCCAUCACGUGUGGCUACUGUUCUACGAUUUGUACCAUAGGAGCUUCAAAAAGCGCGAAACCGCGGUGGCCACUUUGGCAUCCAGAUUGUUCGACUCGGUCGGUUUGUCUUUCGCCGAGAACGCGCUGUGGUCCCAAAGGGUCCGAUUGGCAGCGGCGGUGGCUAGAUUAAGAAUAAAACAUACCGCGCUCUCGUUGGACGAGUUACUGCCCAGUCAUUUGAAGAGCGAGAAGUUAAUGGAGCAAGCCAAGAACAAUCCGGUGACGUGCUGGGUGAAUUGCACGAAAGUCAACGACAUAAAGGCCCUGACCGAUAAGAUCGAAAGGUCCUUCAACCUGAAGAUGAUCACCGACCUGGACAAACUGGAAAAGGACAAAUUCAAGUGGGACCGUCACUGUCCCCAAAUAAUGGCCUUCCACGCCUCGAUGAGAGGCAAACUGGCUCGAAGCGAGUUCGUUAAAGAGCACAUACUCGUGGUGCAAGAUAAAUCCUUCUGCAGAGGUGCCGCCACCUUCGGGAAAAUCCUGCUCGAUUUAGGCUUAUCGGGCAGCGUGAUUCAGACGCACGUGAAUUCGCCCCGCACCACCGCCUAUUUGGCAACUUUGCUCACCCAUAACAUGAAAAUCAAGAAGCUGAUGGCGUUUAGUGCGGGAAAGAGGAAAGGAGAGUACGAGCACUAUUUCACCGAAAUCGGAAUCACAAACAUCCGAAUAUUCUCGGACCGACUGAUCGACUCACCGCCGGACGCUUCUUACAUGGAGGAAGUGGUCGCGGUGUUCGCGACCCCCCCCAACAGCUACUCGGCCGUCACUGAUCCAAUAGAUUUGGUCUGUAGCCGAGGCGGGGACCUGUCGAUGCUCGAGGUACUAACCGAGUCCAAGGAGACCAAAGAGGCCAAAGAGAGGGUGAUCAGUAUACUCGAGGAGCAGCGGAAGACGUUGAGAUUCGCCAUGUCUCGACCGCAAAUUCAAUUCGUUUUAUACGAAACCCAUUCGGAACUGGACGCCGAAAAUGGCGACAUGGUGAGUAAAACUUUACGCGAUAUAAACCGUUUGGCGAAGUUGCAGCAUGCCACCCUGUUGGGUAAGGGUCUAUCUGCGGAACUCGCUCUGGAGAACGAUUUCAGUGACAAAUUGGACGAGAGGCCUUUGGCAACUGAGUGCGGGGACGACAACAAUUUAGAUUUAGGCAAAAGAACCUCGUUGGACUCAUCUAUAUCGAGAAUAAUGUUCGAUUCCAAGGAAAAGGUUCUGGAGAGCUUACAGGUUCCAGACACCGACAUAUUCGUUAGUCCGGACCUGACGAGUUUGUGCCCCAGCGAGAACCCUUGCAUCAAUUUUAAAAAAGAAGGCUGCUACUUAGCCCUGUUGCAAAGGAAGGAAGUGAUUCGGUUGGACGACAAAUACAUGAUUCAGAUGGCGGAGAAUCGCGGGCUGUUCGGUAGUAGCACAUCCCAAAACACCGGGAAGUCGAAAGUUAGUAAGGGGGCGAAAAAGAGGCAAGAGAAACAGGAACGGAAGCCGAGAUCUCGCAAGAAAUUAAAGGAGACUGAGAUGAGGGAUGGUUCUUCGCAAACCUCAGAUGAAUCUUCUGAUUACGAGGAGGAGGAGGGGGAGGAUGAUGAGGAAUUGAGCAUAAAAACAAAUGACGCAAGCAACGAUACUCUGAAGAUCUAUGAAGAAACGAAGAGCCUUAAUAGUGAGAGGUCUAUCAGGAUAAGUGUAUUGGGCAGAUUAACCAGUGCCCACAUAAGACAAUUCGUAUCUCCGGACUUCAAACCUAAUUUGUACAAUUUCCACGCCCCUUCCGUCCUGUUAAAGUCCAAAACGAAUCAGAACCCACCCUCCCAUACAAGUAAAAAGAUCACCGGAACCAAGAAGACCAAGCAAUCGGACGAUAAGGUGCUAACCCCCAAAAACGUCAGCGCACAAGAACCGAAACACUCGAGCAACCCCUCCGUCGAGAAAAACAAAAGGAAGAAAGACAAGAGGAAGUUCAAGAGGAGCGUUCUGCAACGCAUCUGCUCCCCAACCUUAAGCUUCAUACUGAAAACCAGAAAGGAGCCAAUAGAGAACCCGUCAGGCAGCAGAUCCAGUAACAUAAGCAACCUCGUUAAGCCGGUACCGUCGCCUUGCGAACGGUUCAACAGAAGGAACCAUUUACUUGAAUAAUAAUAAUUGUAUUGUGUGGCCAAUAAAACAUUUAUGGAUCAAA